AUGAACAAUUUCAUUCGAUUGCUUCAGAAACGAGAAAUCAACUGGUGUGAAAGUGGGCACGGUGAGUUGAGUCACAAACAUUCCGAGAGAAGAGAAGGAAAAAGAAAGAUUGAUUUCAAUAACAGUCAACAGUUUCAUUCCAUAUCAGUCAUGUUUCUUCUUUUCCUUUUCUAGAAUGUCUCUUUUUUCUCAAUUUGCUCACUUCUCCAAUGUUUUCGAAUGUUUUUUAUUUCCGUCAAAGAACAUUGUGUCAAUAGAAAGACCCAUCGGCACAUUCUGAGAACUGAAUGCAUCCAUAGAGGUAUCAACUGUCCGCCUGAACUGAAUUUCGAUUGAAAACAUUUUUUCUCAGACUUCUUUUCGCUGGCCGGGCCGGGCCGAUAUGACCACAGAUCUGUAUUUUAGUACUGAAAUUUCAAAAGACGAUUUUUCAGUCAAACUUUUUCUAAAAGCGUGCCUUUUUGUAAUUUUUAGUUUGCAAAAUGCGUUUAUCAUACUAGCUAAUUUCAAUGAAAAAUAGCGAAUUACCUAGUAAAAAUUCUGAAGAAGCAACCACCAUUUUUUUCAAAAAUGUUCCGAAAUUUGUAAAUCCGGGCGCUUUUUUGCUUUUUCUCUUAGGUUGAAAUGUUUCAAAACAAUUGUUCAGGUUGAUUUUCUUCGCAUUUUGCGCUUUUCUGUGUAUUGCUUGGUAAAAUUUCAAUUAUAAUUUGCACUAAAACCCAAUUCUAAUGUUUGCGAUGACCGAACUGUCGCGUAGGCGGAAAGCGGAAGUUCACCAAUGAGAAAUCAAAUGUUGAUCAUUUUCAGGAUACCCGGCUUUUUGCCCAGGACCCAGUGACCCGUCAAACUACCAAUACUGCUGCUCGUUUCCAUUCGAGAUGGGUUCGUAUAAACCAUCGUGCUGUCCUUUUCCCAUCAACAACGGGGUUCUUAUCAUCUGCUGCUUGUCCGCUAUCAUCUUCUUUUUCUGUGAGUGUGUACACGCAAGAAUAGUAUUAUUUAGCUGAAGGUCACGUAGACCCUAAUCAUAGCACGUUACUUGUGUUUUAGUGUCAUAACUGAAAUUCAAACUUUUUCAGUUCUCCUCGGGCUCUACUGCUGGUGCUGGCCUACGAGUCGGCUGAACAGAAGACGUCAGAGAAACGCCGCACCUCCGAUGAUUUCCCAAGACGAAAUGUUCCCUCGCAGAAACUCGUACAAAAGCAGCAUCCCUUUUCAUUAA